UGCACUCAACCUUUGACACAACCAGUCAGCGAAAAAGGUAUACGGGAAGCUUUUGCCUCCCCGCCCGGAAGGGGCGGAGCACAAUACCAGAAGCAGCCAAUGGGCGGCCUAAAGGCGGGGCUCCUGUGGGUGUAGCGGCGGCGGGAAUGCAGAGGCUGUGGUGGAGGCUGGUGGGGCUUUGGAUCCAUGGAGCGAGCUGAGGGGUCCAGCACAGAACUUGUGAAGGCCAUUAAACCUAUCGAUCGGAAGUCAGUCCAUCAGAUUUGCUCUGGGCAGGUGGUGCUGAGUCUAAGCACUGCAGUGAAGGAGUUGGUGGAAAACAGUGUGGAUGCCGGCGCCACUACUGUUGAUGUAAGACUUAAAGAUUAUGGGGUGGAUCUCAUUGAAGUUUCAGACAAUGGAUGUGGAGUAGAAGAAGAAAACUUCGAAGGCUUAACUUUGAAACAUCAUACUUCUAAGAUUCAAGAAUUUGCUGAUCUAACUCAUGUUGAAACAUUUGGCUUUCGGGGGGAAGCUCUGAGCUCACUUUGUGCACUGAGUGAUGUAACUAUUUCUACCUGUCACACGACUGCAAAGGUUGGGACUCGAUUGGUAUUUGAUCACAAUGGGAAAAUUGUUCAGAAAACCCCUUACCCACGGCCAAGAGGGACCACGGUCAGCGUACAGCAGUUAUUUUACACACUACCUGUGCGCCAUAAGGAAUUUCAGAAGAAUAUUAAAAAGGAGUAUGCCAGAAUGGUCCAGGUCUUGCAGGCGUACUGUAUCAUUUCUGCAGGCAUCCGUUUCAGUUGCACCAAUCAGGUUGGACAAGGAAGACGGCAGCCUGUGGUUUGCACAAGCGGAAACUCCAGCAUCAAGGAAAAUAUUGGAUCUGUGUUUGGGCAGAAGCAGUUGCAGAGCCUCAUUGCUUUUGUUCAGCUGCCGCCUAGUGAACCCAUUUGCGAAGAGUACGGUCUGCCGUGGCCUGAAGCUCAGCAGCAGUUGUUUUGUAUCUCAGGUUUCAUUUCACACUGCGCUCACGGUGUUGGAAGGAGUUCAACUGAGAGACAAUUUUUCUUUAUCAAUCGGCGGCCUUGCGACCCAGCAAAGGUCUCCAGACUUGUGAACGAGGUCUAUCACAUGUACAAUCGGCACCAGUAUCCGGUUGUUGUUCUGAAUAUUUCUGUUGAUUCAGAAUGUGUGGAUAUCAAUGUUACCCCGGAUAAAAGGCAAAUUUUCCUGCAAGAGGAGAAGCUUUUGUUGGCAAUUUUAAAGACCUCUCUGAUCGGAAUGUUUGACAAUGAUGCAAACAAACUUAAUGUCAAUCAGCAGCCACUGUUGAAUAUUGAAGGGAACAUCGUGAAAAGGCACUCGACAGAGAUGGAAAGGCCUCUGCCAGAAAGGCAGGAGGACCCCGCUUUGUCCCGGACUCGAGGAGAAGACAGAUGCGCAGCCGUUUCCAGACUGAGAGAGGCCUUUUCUCUUCACCACACAGCUGGGCAUCAGCCUCCGGGCCUGGGAGCUCCUGAGCCGAGACGGGGUGCUCCUGGACCAGGAACCAAGGGCCGAUUUUCUAGCCCGUCAGAUACCCUGCACCCCCAGAAGCCUGUCUCUGGCAGGAGCACCUGUAGCCCUCAGGACGUGGGGGCGGGUCCACGUGAGGGCACCCGCAAUGUUAUGGACAGAGUGGAGAUGGAGACAGACGCGGGGCCCGCCAGCAGCGCAGCGGGCUCAGAGGCAGGGGACAGCAGCCCAGAGGGCGGCAGCCGCUUCAGCAGCAACCUGGCCACCAGCUCCCCUGAAGACGGAGUUUCACAAGAGAAGGUGGAGUCUUGUGAGACAGAGCCUGAAGCGGCCUGUCAUUCAGCAGUGGAGUGCCACGUAGACCAAGGAGGUACUGGAUGUGAACGGAGGCGUCUGCCACAGCCCACUGACCCCUCAUCCUCACACGUAAAGCGUUUUAAACAAGAAGAAAUUCCUUCGGCGUCGGACGGUCCUCGAAAGGUGAUGACUCCACAGAGCAGCGCGGUGCCCCUGGUGGACGUAGCUGUGACGAUCAGGAGGAAAAUCGUGCCUCUGGCCUUCUCCAUGCGUGCGUUAGCUGAGCGAGUAAAACGGCUGUGUCAGCAGGGACAGCAGAGAGAAGACAAAGGGAGUUACAGGAAAUUCAGGGCAAAGAUCAGCCCCGGAGAGAAUCAGGCAGCCGAAGACGAGCUGAGGAGGGAGAUAAGUAAAACGAUGUUCGCAGAAAUGGAAAUCAUUGGUCAGUUCAACUUGGGAUUCAUAAUAACCAAACUGAACGCGGACAUCUUCAUAGUGGACCAGCACGCGACCGACGAGAAGUACAACUUUGAGGCGCUGCAGCAGCACACCGUCCUCCAGGGCCAGAGGCUCAUCGCACCGCAGCCUCUCAAUUUAACUGCAGUCAAUGAAGCUAUUCUGAUAGAAAAUCUGGAAAUUUUCAGAAAGAAUGGCUUUGACUUCAUAAUUGACGAAGAUGCUCCGGUCACUGAAAGAGUGAAGUUGAUCUCCUUGCCAACCAGUAAAAGCUGGACCUUUGGCCCCCAGGACAUAGAUGAGCUGAUCUUCAUGCUGAGUGACUCCCCAGGAGUGAUGUGCCGACCUUCCCGGGUCCGACAGAUGUUUGCCUCCAGGGCCUGCCGCAAGUCCGUGAUGAUCGGAACUGCUCUUAACACAAGUGAGAUGAGGAAGCUCAUCACCCACAUGGGCGAGAUGGACCACCCCUGGAACUGCCCUCACGGGAGACCAACCAUGAGACACGUUGCCAACCUGGAUGUCGUUUCCCCAGACUGA